AUGCCUCCCUCCUCUGAUCCCUACCGCCGCAACCACAAUCAUGUAAUUCCACAGCCACGGCCGCCGCCUCCAAAAUCCAAUCCAAAGCUUCUCUCUCUCAUCAUCAAAGCCCUGGUUAUGACCUCCAUAACCUCCCUCUUCUUCCUCUUCGUCGGCCUCGCCGCCAUCGUCCUCUUCCUCUUCCUCGCCGCCGGCGCUCUCCACCGCCGCCGAGCCCAAUCCCCCCUCCCCUCAUCUGGGUUUUCCUCCGGACACCUCAAGGCCCUUCCCCAGUUCCGCUUCAGAGCCCAGCCCCAAUCCCAAAUGACGUCGUCCUCGCCGACGCCGACGGACUGCGUCGUUUGCCUGGACGAGUUUCGCGAUGGGCAGUGGUGCAGGAAACUCGCUGCGUGCAACCACGUGUUCCAUAGGCGGUGCGUGGACACGUGGCUGGUGAAGGUGUCCGCGUGCCCGAUUUGCCGUACCCGUGUGCGGUUAGAUUCUGGGGACGCGGACACGGUGGUUGGUUUGGAUGGAGAAGAAGAGGCCAAGUACGUGUGGAAUUUUAAUAGGAACAGUAAUGAUUUGAGGGUGAGGGUUUGGUAG